GUGAUGGUUGCAGCACUGAGUCUGACCAGGCUCUACCUCAAGAAGAAGCAGAGGCUACCCUGAAAACUGAGAUUGAAUCUCAACAAAGCACAAAGUUAAACAAAAUAAAGAAAAGGCCCUUUGAGGGCCUCUUUCCGGAUUCUGAUGCAUCGCCUAGGAAAUUUCCAAGAAAAGAAAAUGGCAAAC